UUGGGCAAAUUCUGGUUAGAAGAAAUGCAUAAUGCUGAUAAGUUUGACUCGGACUUCAAGAAUCACCCUCUUCCUUUGGCGCGUAUUAAAAAAGUCAUGAAGACUGACCAAGACGUAAAGAUGAUUAGUGCAGAGGCUCCAAUCUUAUUUGCUAAAGGAUGUGAAAUAUUUAUUACCGAGUUAACUAAGAGAGCAUGGGUUCAUGCCGAGGAAAACAAACGUCGAACUUUACAACGUUCAGACAUUGCUACCGCAAUAAGUAAAACAGACAUGUGUGAUUUUUUGAUUGAUAUUGUACCAAGA